AUGCUCCGCUGCCCAUCGUUAUGGCUUAGCAAGAGGACGCCCGGGUAUGUCUUUUGGCGUCAGAGUAGCUUGACGGAGCUGGAGCACUCGAAGCGCAACUACCUUCUCUCGGAGCGUCCAGUGCCGCUGGGCGAGAUUUCGCGGCGGAUGGCUCGCGUCAAGUCCCGCUACGAGGACACGCGCGACUUUCAUGAGCGCAAUCUGCUUCGUGGUGAGUACAAGUACUUCACGGGCAAGCUCUGCGACCUGCGUGCCGCCCGCCUCGGUGAUAUGGUGGUGGUGCUGCAAUGUGCCGCGUUCUUCGGCUUCUGGGAUGCGGCGCAGGUCGACCAAAUUCUGGCGGAGCUCUUCCUGCAGCUGGAGGGGAUGGAAGCGGUAGAGCUCGUCGCACUUUUUGCCUGUAUGCCGCAGCUGCGCCGCCAAGAGAGCGAGCUGUACCGCCGCGUGGCUAUGGAGCUCGUCCCCCUCGUGCCAGACCUGACAACCGAGGAAUGCCUGGCGGUGUGUCGCGCCUGUACCGCCGAGACGCCACCGGAGCUGACGGAGCCGGUGCUGCGUGACCUCACCGAGCACCUAGAGGAGAUUAGCCCUGCCCAGUGUGUGGAGGUGCUGGACACAUGGAGCGUCUUGCCAGCGGCCGCGCAGCGUCGGGUUCGUGACGUCAUGGAACCUGUUCGGCAGCGCGCGUUGUGUCACCUCGAGGAGCUGGAGUGCAUGGAUAUCGCAGUCUUGUUCACGUGCCUUCAAGGAGCGGUGAGUGUGGGCGGGGCAGAUCCGAUUUUGUCGGAGGCGUUGCAGCGGCGCCUGCUGAAAGCAUUUGUGCGCGACAUAUCCCGCGCGUGCCCCCGCUCCACAGCGAUGCUCUUCUCAGCAGUCCGCGGCACCCACUCGCUUGCACUGGAGUUGGCGCAGCAGAUGGCGGAUCGCGCGCUGUUUCUGUCCACAGACUUCACGCCUGCCGAGCUGCUGGCAGUCUUUCGUGUCUACGUGGAGGGCUUGGUCUCCCUUUCUGCCUUGUCUGCAGAGCUGCGAACGCCGGCGCUCCCAGCUGGUACGGCGUCACGGGUGGAUGUCACCGCCGCGCUGCACGGCUCUCUCUCCAGCGCUGCUCUCUUGACUUCUCCUCUUUCCCUGUCGUCGCCGUCCGCUGCACGCCAGCGCGUACUGGAGAUGGAGCAAGCCGCACAAAGUCUCUCUACACUGCAGCGUGUCGGGGACGCGCUGUCGGCUCAGCUCGUCGAGAUGCUCGACAGCGCGUCUGCCUACCUCUCUGUGGCGUCCCAGCUUGAGAUUGUGGCGCUUUACGUGGAUGCCGUGGAACAGCUGGCAAUGGGUGGCACCAUGGGCGGCGGUGACACGUGCGGUGGGUCAGGAAGGGAUGCCACCGCGCAUCUGCUGCAGCUACUACCCCAGUCCCGACGGGCGUUGCAACUCGUGUCGAGCAAGCUGAUUGCUAACAUGAAGUCCCUCUCCCUGGCCGAACUGCUUCAGCUCCUCGAACAGGCGAACACUCUGGGCAGUGCCGCUGUGCAGGAUGCCGCCGUCGCGGCUGCUGUGCAGGAGCUGAUCACGCGCGACAUCGAUGGCCUCACAACCGAGUCCGCAUUGGCGCUGGAGCAGAGGCUGAGGGCCCUCACUGAGCUCAGAGCAGAGCAUCAGCGCCGCCUGUCGACUGCGCUCAUCCCGAAAGUGCGCCGCUUAGUUUAG